AUGACUAUAUCUACUAGAACACUUGUUCAAAUUGCUGCUUGGGGUGGAUUAAUAGUCAGCGGUACUGGAUAUUACUUACAAAACCGAAUAAUUGAUAGGGUGAGAGGUUAUGAUUACUAUAAAAAUGCUCUUAAAGAAUUGCGGGCUCAUUCUGGUGCAGUUUUCUAUCUGGGGGAACCCAUCAAAGAUAAGAGAUUCAAGCUGAGUGACUCUGAUAAUAACUUUUCUGAUGGCAGUACUGCUAAAUUUAGAAUACCAGUUUCUGGCCCUAAAGAAAAGGGAACAUUUUAUUUCUGGGCUGAGAAAAACAGUGAGGAAUGGAAAAUUACUAGAGCAGAGUUAGAAUUAAAAUCUAAGCCAGAUGCAAGACUUGUUAUAGUGAAGUAG